GAAUACUCCACCACGACCAAGUCAUUCUCAUUGCACAGAUAGCAUUAGGCGUUGCAUAAUCGCGGCCGGCUAAUACUUUUAUUAGUUUAUUGUGUUUGUAGGAUCAAGUGUAGUGACCUUCUAGACCGAUAUGUUGAUUUGUGAUAGAAAAAUGGCGCGGAACUAGUGGCCUGGCACCCUGUCACCCCCUAAAAGAGAUAUCUCUUGUAAGUGAGUGGACGAUAUCGAUUUCAUAUUUUUACUAUGGAAUCUGAAUCUGGAACUACCACCACGAAAAUUUCCGAUUCAGGAUACUCGAAUAGCUGCAGCAACACCAAUUCCCAGCGAAGUGCUAGUUCAAAAUCGAGACACAGCGGGAGCAAUUCAAGUGGAAGUAGCGGAUACUGUGGAGCUACAGAUCCCGAUGGAAGUGUGUGCACUGGUGUACACUCAUCAAAGCGCAACAAAGAGAAAGAACACAAAAAGAAAAAGUUCAAAUCCACCAACUCCAACGGCAAUCUUCCGACAAUUCCUGCUUAUGGUAGCACCAUCGCUUCUUCAGAAAGCCGUACUCCAAAUCAAAACGAGCAGCCCUCAGAAUCAGCAAUGGGAGUUGACGCUGUUGUGCCUCCAACACCUGCGGAAGUAGCAGUACACGUGGAUAUUGUAGAGAACCAGACUGUUGAAAAACCUGAUACAAUCAUAUCCCAAGCUGAACCUGUUACAGCGGAAACCCCACCCCCCGAUGAAAAUCUCUCUUAUUGGAAGGAGGAAAAUCAACAAGAGCCCGUUGCGGAACAGCCGAUAGAGAAUGUGGAAGUCAAUGUGCAAACGACCAGAGUUCAGUCACAUCAGCCCGAGGAUGGUUUCUGUUGCGUGAUUUCUAUGUACGAUGGAGUAGUGUUAUAUACAACCCCAAGUUUGACUGCGGUUUUGGGAUUCCCAAAAGACAUGUGGUUGGGGAGGUCUUUCAUUGAUUUCGUUCACCCGAAAGAUAGAGAGACGUUUUCUAGUCAAGUAACCACAGGAAUUGCUUUUCCAUUGGUAGAUUCCGAAGGAACAUAUAAGGAAUAUAAAAACUGCCUUUAUGUGUGCCUCAGAAAAUAUAGAGGACUGAAAUCAUCAGGUUUCAGAGUUGUUGAAAAAGCUGUUUCCUAUCAGGCUUUUCAACUGACUGUGAAAUUCAAGCAAGUGACCAAUGUUACGGAAAACAACUAUACAGAAAACAACACAGGGAUGUUUCUAGUUGUUAUUGCAGUGCCUGUGUACACAUCCUACAAAGUGCCCGACGAAAGAAGAAGGUCUCAGAAAUUUGGAAUGCGUCAUACGGCUUCAUGUAUUUUCAGUCAUGUUGAUCCCGAUGUAGUGACCAAUUUCGGAUUUCUUCCUCAGGAUAUGUUGGGAAAAUCUAUUUUCGAUUUCUAUCAUCCAGAAGAUAUGCCUUUUCUUAAAGAAAUUUACGAGUCUGUGAUGCGUAUGUGCCAAAUUGCUGGAUCAGUGUUCCGUAGUAAGCCUUAUAGAUUUGCAGUACAAAAUGGCGGCUUUGCCAUGAUAGAAACGGAAUGGUCGAGUUUUGUAAAUCCUUGGUCUAGGAGAUUGGAAUUUGUUAUUGGCUUCCAUAGAGUUUUGCAGGGACCUAAUAAUCCAGAUAUAUUUGAAACUAGAAAGGAUGACGAACAUAAAGAUGUGUCGGAGGAAGUUUUGAAAGAAAGCAAACUUAUUCGAGGAGAAAUACUUCUUUUACUCAAGAAAGAAUUACCUCGCACUACAGAAGCGGCAAAACAUGAAGUUUCUAAACGUUGCAAAGACUUGGCCAAUUUUAUGGAGUCCCUGAUGGACGAAGUGAAUAAUUCGAAUUUGGAAAUAGACUUACCGCAAGAAUUAGAUCCUACCAUUUCGGUAAGUUUGAAAAGGAGGCUUGGGUUGGGGUCUCGGUUUUCUGAAUGUGACUGGUGUUUUCAGGAAAGAGAUUCUGUUAUGCUUGGCGAGAUCUCUCCACACCAUGAUUACUGCGAUAGUAAAUCGUCUUCCGAAACGCCUCCCAGCUACAAUCAAUUAAACUAUAAUGAAAAUAUACAAAGAUUUUUCCAUAGUAAGCCUAAAACCACAGUUUCGGAUGGAAGUAAUGGAGCUAUGCAGGGCGAAACUGAGCAGGAGACCAAACCAGUCCAGGAUUGUUCUAAUAACCAAAAAUGCCUGUCUCCAGUACAAAACAGUGGCACUUCUGGAAGCAGAAGUGCUGGAAAUUUGAGCUCUGUGAGCAAUCCAAAUAUUGAAACUGGCACUACAAGUAUCACACACAAUUCCAAUGAUUCCUAUAAACCUCCUCAUUUAACUGAAUCUGUUUUAUUUCGGCACAAUGAGGAUAUGGAGAAAAUAAUGCUAAGAAAACAUAGAGAACAGAGAUCCAAUAACAAAGAGAAUAAAAAGUCUCAUCAUAAGUUGGAAAAGUCAAAUUUCACGGAGAGAAACGACUUCGAUAAAAAUGAGCAAAUCCUUGCUGGGUAUACACAUGGCAUCAAACGAAGUGGCUCUCAUACUGGUGAUGGAGAUAAUCAUAAGGUGUCCAAAUAUAAACAUCAGAGUGGGGUGUCCAAUCACAAAGAUGACAUUAGUCACAACAAAAAUAGCAAUCCACCACCUUCAAGACCGAAUCACAUCCUGAACCAACCGAAGCCACCCAGUAUGCCUGUUAAUGACACUAUUUAUCGAAUAGGACUGAAUGACGUCAAUCUUUGGCCUCCGUUUUCCGUAACAGUGACUCCGAUGAACAAUACACAACCUUGUGAUAUGAAUACAUCUCCAGGAAAUGCCGGAGGGUUUGCUGCUGGCAUGUUUCCUGUGUAUUACGUUCCUACACCCCAAAGACCUAUUGCUGGACAAUUCAUGGAUCCCGGACUGGGUUCAAUGAAUUCUUCAAGGUAUCAAGUUCAAUAUAUGCCGGCCGGCAUGAUCUACAACUACAACAAUGCCAUUUAUCCUCCAUCACCAAUUAUCUGUUCAACCUUACCAGUCCUUCAAGUACCUGUGGUACCCCCUAUCAGUUCGAUACCACUCAUGAACCCAUCCGACACUCGGCAGAUGGGAAACUUGCAGCAAGUGAGCAAUGCAGAAAGUAGUUCUCACGUACAGCUUGAACACAAACCUAGCACUCCUCACACCCCUCAGUUCCAAAGGCCAGCAUCUCAGGCUACUUCUGUUAAGGCCGAACCAGGCAGUGGUAUGGGAUCUAUUGCUUCUGCUAGUGUUGCGAAUAAGGCCUUAUCGGAAUGUUCUCGAAAAGAUUUGGCGCUGCAGUCGGACUGCUCUCCUUGUUCGACAUUAGUUAGUCCACCAGAUGGCGAAAUGCAGUUAUACAUACAAAAGAAUGCUAAACCCGUAGAGACUAAAAGGAACAUCGUCUUCAGGAAUAAUAUUAAUAUCGAGUCUAGCAGCUGUUACUCAUCCUCUUAUUCAUCGUUUUUGAAAACUGAUGCUGGCUCAGGAUCCAAUGAUGAUUCCAGUACAACAGAUAACAAAAUAAAUGAGAGUGAUAAUGAGAAUACCUGGAAAGGGCGGAGAAAUUAUCCGAUCAGGAAAAAGGAACCUCCUUGGCAGGAGACCGUGGCAGUAUCUCCAGAUCUCAUUUACAGGUAUCAAAUGACUGUUAAAGAUAUUGAAGACAUCCUGCAGGCAGAUAUGAAUACGCUCAAAAAUUUAACUCAGCCGAUGCAAGUAAAUGAUCAGUUGAAUCAGCUCUACCUAGAUAUGGAACUGGAGGGAUUAUCGAAAAAACUAUUUAUCGAAGAGGGUAUUACAUCCAGCAGUAGUAGCAGCGAUGAAAACACUGGUCAUAAAAUGAAGCCAAAGAAAAAGAGGAAGUCUAUCAGCUCCCUUAUGAUGAUUUACGAGGAAAAUGCACCCUUUCCUCCUCCACAGGAUAAAUAUGAGUAACUGGAAUCAUCUGGUCGAGUCAAUUUAUACACAAUUUCUAUUUUUAUACCAGUCAUAUUUUAAAAAAGAAACAGAAACUUAUUGAGAAUUAAGGAUAUAAAAGUAUUUUUUUAAACGUGAUUUGUACAUAUUCGAAAAUUUUGAUGUUGAGCUAAUGUUAAGGACAUUUUUGAAUUCUUUUAUAUUCUACAGUAUUGUUAUAGUGAAUCUAUCAAUAGAAUUUUUGUAAACUUAUAUAAAUAUCGUAUCUAUUAUAUUUAGUAAACUGUUUCAAUAUAA